UGGGGUUGCUACUUUCAUUUCCCUGGAGGGUGGUGAGGCAGAAAGUGCAGAGCAGAAAGAGGAUCCCCAGAAACAGAGCUUCAGUCUCUGGCCCGGGAGGCGAAGCACAGCACGGAAACUCCGGUGCUAGCGAGCGGGCUGGGGGAUGGCCAGCCGGUUUGCGCUGGGCCGGACCCCGAGGGCGGUCAGGUGCAACGGGGCGGGGGCUGCUGACCUCCGGCCGCGGGGCCAGGGCGGGCCGACCGGCGGGGCAUUUAAACCCCGCUGACAGCCCGUCCGGGACACGCGCCCAGCGCUGCGCCCGCCUCCGUCGCCUCAGCUUCGGGUACCGGUCGGGCGAGAUGCGGUCCUCCCUGGCUCCGGGUGUCUGGUUCUUCCGCUCCUUCUCCCGGGACAGCUGGUGAAUCUACCUGGAACUCCCAACACCCAGAGGGGCUUGGUGCCAGACUCCGACCCCAUUCUGCACCCCUAACACAGCAGCAUGGACCACCUCUUCUUCCUCAUCUAAAAAUCGGAAACAUACUGGCUGUCAGUUUUAAGUGCCCACUGGAUGUUGGGAACAACUGAAGACCUGUUACAUACAUCAUCUCAUUAACCUGUCAGUAGUUCUAUGAGAAAGGUAAUAAGCUCUCUGCUUUUCAGAUAACCAAAUGGAUUUAAGGAAUGAAACCACCUUUUGCGUGAUUCCUGAGUCCUUGCUCUUUUCUCUUAUAGACAUCGGCUCCUAGAAAUACACCACGCAGGGUCCUCUGGGUGCUGCCACGUGCCGGGGAGUGGCGGGCAGGAUGGAAAAGGCACAGGGAGCUGGCCCUUCUUCAGCGAGGAAACUGUGUGGGGCUUCCUGCCAAAGUCCACAGGGGAGAGCCCUGGGUCUUUACCUGGAUGGUGUCGGACGCCCCCUGGCCUAGGAAAUCCCAGCCCUCUCACUAGCUUCCCAUCACCCUCGAGAGGUUCCGAGGCUUCAUCCUGCUGCUAACCUUCCUCAUCUAUACCUGUUACCACAUGUCCAGGAAGCCCAUCAGUGUGGUCAAGAGCCGGCUGCACCAGAACUGCUCGGAGCUGAUUAGACCUAACAAUGAUACCUACAGUCUCAAUGACACCACGUGGUGCAGCUGGGCCCCAUUUGACAAAGACGACUACAAGGAGUUACUGGGGGCCGUGGACAACGCCUUCCUGGUGGCCUAUGCCAUUGGCAUGUUCAUCAGUGGGAUGUUCGGGGAGCGGCUCCCCCUCCGCUACUACCUCUCAGCAGGAAUGCUGCUCAGUGGCCUCUUCACCUCGCUCUUUGGCUUGGGAUAUUUCUGGAACAUCCAUAUGCUCUGGUACUUUGUGCUCAUGCAGAUCUGCAAUGGACUCGUCCAGACCACAGGCUGGCCCUCCGUGGUGGCCUGUGUCGGCAACUGGUUCGGCAAGGGAAAGCGAGGCCUCAUCAUGGGCGUGUGGAACUCCCACACGUCCGUGGGCAACAUCCUGGGCUCCCUGAUCGCUGGUGUCUGGGUGAACGACGACUGGGGCCUGUCGUUCAUCGUGCCUGGCAUCGUUACUGCUGCCGUAGGCGUCCUCACCUUCCUCUUCCUCAUCGAAUACCCGGAAGAUGUGGACUGCACCCCUCCUCAGCACCAUGGUGGGCCGGGCGAGGACCAGGACAACCCUGAGGACCCUGGGAAGAGCCCCUACUCUAACAGGGAGAGUAGCCUUGAGUCUGCAACCAGAUGCUCCAGGGAGUCAUGUGAGGAGCCUGCCGCCAUCAGCUUCCUCGGGGCACUCCGGAUCCCGGGCGUGAUCGAGUUCUCUUUGUGUCUGCUCUUUGCCAAGCUGGUCAGUUACACCUUCCUCUACUGGCUCCCACUCUACAUCUUCAAUGUGGCUCACUUUAGUGCCAAGGAGGCUGGGGACCUAUCUACGCUCUUCGAUGUUGGUGGCAUCAUAGGCGGCAUCAUGGCGGGGCUCAUCUCUGACCACACCAACGGCAGGGCCACCACUUGCUGCAUCAUGCUGAUCUUGGCUGCCCCCAUGAUGUUCCUGUACAACUACAUUGGCCAGAACGGGGUCACCAGCUCCAUAGUGAUGCUGAUCGUCUGCGGGGCGCUGGUCAACGGCCCUUACGCGCUCAUCACCACUGCGGUCUCCGCUGACCUGGGCACUCACAAGAGCCUGCAGGGCAACGCCAAGGCCCUGUCCACCGUCACGGCCAUCAUCGAUGGCACUGGUUCCAUAGGCGCGGCUCUGGGGCCUCUGCUGGCCGGGCUCAUCUCCCCCACAGGCUGGAACAACGUGUUCUACAUGCUCAUCUCUGCCGACAUCCUGGCCUGCUUGUUCCUCUGCCGGUUGGUGUACAAAGAGAUCCUGGCCUGGAAGUCAUCCCUGACCAGAGACAGAGGGUACAAAGAAAUAUGAAGCUCCAACUGGAAGAAAAGCAUGGAGGGUCCCGGCUGGGUCUCCAACAUGCUCCCCAUGGGCAAGACAAUGGAAACUUCCACAGAUGGGGGAGACAAAGCCAGCCCAGCCCAGCCAUAGGACUGCUAAGGGUACAGGAGAUUGUCCAUGGGAGGGGAACUGCCAAGCAGGAGGAAAUGGAAGAUUCAAGAGCCUGAGCUCUAGAAGCUAUAAGCAGAAAGGAUGGGGAUCAGAGCUGAGUGCUGUCUCCAUAUCGAUAAGGGAAGGUUAUGCUCAGACUCUCACUUGUUUAGAUUCCGAGACAGAAGGCUCUAAUAGGGCCAUGGCUUGGAAAAUGUCUUUCUCUCCUUCUCAUGUUAAAUUUUAAUCUCUGUAAUCAGCCUGUACCUAUAAGUAGGCAUCUCACUCCAUUUCAAAAGUGCUCAGCCUAUCUUUUUUCCCUUUGUGCAUGAAUUUUAGUCUUUUCCUUCUCUGUAUUUCCCUAAGUUGGACCCUCCUCUACCCUCCAUUUGAUCCUGUUGAGAACUCCAUCACCCACCCUGCUCCAACAUCAUCGUUCUUCUUCCCGGGCCAGGACUAGGCUGAGGCAAGGGGGCUGCCUUGGCACAGAACAAAAGCAGCAUUCACUCUUGGGCCCGUGCCGCCCUUGACUAACUCUGGUCCCAGCCCCUGAUGUCCUCAGAGGAAAAGGACAUCAGGGCCAGUGCUGUGGGGCGAAUAGAAAGAGGGGCUGGGCAUGGCUAAGAAUAGCAGUGUGUGUAUUAAGUGUUUUGAGGAUGAAAUGCCAGUGGUUACUGACUGCCAGCUGUAUGCCAGCUCUACUCUAGGAAUGAAGUAGACAAUGGACACAAAAAGGACUUAUGCCUUGGCAUCAGGGUGACAAGACCAGAAGGAAAUGAGCGCACUGCCUGGUUCAUUCAAGCAGCUUCUGCCUGUGCAGUUGCUCAGCACCACAUGCAGCUCCCUUUUCUACCCAGUGUUCCUGACACGCAUCCUUCUUCCACCCCAAAUCCCCAAAUCCUGCCCGGCUGACUCUUGGCAUCUCCAUCUGACCCUAAAGCUGUCCAUCGGCACCAAUACAGAUUGCCUUUUACCAGA